GAUACCUGACGUAGGACGAGUUGAGGCUGCUCCAAUGGAAGAAUCACGUGAUAUGAAUUAUUGACCUUCAGCGACGCCUCUUCCGCCCGUGAAGAGCCUCAUCUCACCGCGACCACGCCUCCACGACUUCGAACCCCUUAACCCCUCCCCCCGACCGUACCCUUCACAAUGGCCGACGUAGAGAUGGAUGUCGACGUCGAGGUCGACAAUGCGUCACCCCCUCCCCCCGUGCGCAACGAGGGCGACAUGCAAACGCACAGCAAGGCUACCGCCGUGCGCUCCAUCGAGGGCUGGAUCAUCGUUGUGACAAACGUCCACGAGGAGGCCGACGAGGAGGCUCUUCAAGACAUGUUUGGCGAGUUUGGAGAGAUCAAGAACAUGCACCUUAACCUGGACCGCCGGAGUGGUUACGUCAAGGGCUAUGCGUUGAUCGAGUACACCACCCUCGAGGAGGCCCGCGCCGCUAUCGACGGCGCCCACGACACUAAGCUGCUCGAGCAGUCCGUCCAAGUCGACUUCGCCUUCGUGCGCCCCCCGCCGGGAGGCAAGGGCGGGCGCGGCGGCCGUGGUGCCGGUGGCCGCAGGGGAGGACGCAGCCGCAGCCGCAGCCCCGAGGCCAAGGCGCGCGAGGAGCCUGCCGAGGAGCGCGAGUGAAGCGAGAGCAGGGACGCGCUGGUUCAGGACACAACACAUGCUGUGAUGCGGCACGGGAGGAGAUGAAAAAAAGUAAAAAGUAUAAGAGGGGAUUGCCGAUGUGGUCGCGAACACGUCGGCAUGUCUAAUCUCAUUCUACGAGACCAAAUCAAAAUAUACACCCUUAUGGCCACACAAUUGGCAGUCUCUCAACGACCGAGAUGAGCUGUCGACGCGCCUACGAUGGGGAAAUAAUACUUAGACCUGGCCACGCGCUUUCUGAGUAUUCUGGUACACGUCUUGCUUGGGUCUUCCGGGGCAAGAUCGGUAUCGUGACAAUCAAUGUUAA